CCGCUACGAAGCACGGGAGGAGAGCGGCCUAGUACUGAUAAUCAACUUUCAAGUCAAUAUUGUACGUAUAGUGUUGCGACGCUUGUACUUUGAUAAACGUUAUAGACAUAUUACAUCGAUCAGACGGUCACAUCGGGAUGGAGUGGCAGCCAGAUGAGCAGGGACUUCAGCAGGUCCUCCAGCUGCUCAAAGACUCACAGUCGCCCAACACAGUCACACAGAGAGCUGUCCAACAAAAACUUGAACAACUCAACCAGUUUCCAGACUUCAACAACUAUCUCAUCUUUGUUCUCACACGACUCAAAACUGAAGACGAGCCAACUCGCUCACUUAGCGGUCUGAUACUGAAGAACAAUGUUAAGGCCCACUACCAGAACUUCCCCCCAACUGUUGCUGACUUCAUCAAGCAGGAAUGUCUCAACAACAUUGGCGACCCCUCGCCGCUCAUCCGUGCCACCAUUGGCAUCCUGAUCACUACUAUCGCCUCCAAGGGAGAGCUGCAGACAUGGCCUGAACUGCUGCCCCAGCUUUGCAACUUACUGAACUCAGAGGACUACAACACCUGCGAGGGCUCAUUUGGAGCACUGCAGAAAAUCUGCGAGGACUCGUCGGAGCUGUUGGACAGCGACGCUCUGAACAGACCCCUCAACAUUAUGAUUCCUAAAUUUCUUCAGUUCUUCAAGCACUGCAGCCCCAAGAUUAGAUCCCAUGCCAUAGCCUGUGUGAACCAGUUCAUCAUUGGCAGAGCCCAGGCUCUAAUGGACAACAUUGACACCUUCAUAGAGAGCCUGUUUGCGCUGGCAGCAGAUGAGGACUCUGAGGUUCGGAAGAACGUGUGCCGAGCCCUGGUCAUGUUACUGGAGGUCCGCAUUGACCGCCUCAUCCCCCACAUGCACAGCAUCAUCCAGUACAUGCUGGAGCGAACCCAGGACCCUGAUGAGAACGUGGCUCUGGAGGCCUGUGAGUUUUGGCUGACUUUAGCAGAGCAACCUAUCUGUAAGGAGAUGUUGUCUGGACACCUGGUGCAGCUCAUACCUAUCUUGGUAAAUGGGAUGAAGUAUUCAGAGAUAGACAUCAUACUAUUAAAGGGUGAUGUGGAAGAGGAUGAGGCAGUUCCCGACAGUGAUCAAGACAUCAAGCCCCGUUUCCACAAGUCACGGACAGUCACCUUGCAGCAUGAAGGAGGGGAGGGCGAGGAGGGUGAGGACAUCGAAGAAGACGAUGACGAUGAUGAUGACACGCUGUCUGACUGGAACCUGCGAAAGUGUUCAGCUGCAGCACUGGAUGUUCUGGCCAACGUGUUCCGUGACGAGCUGCUGCCACACCUCCUGCCGCUCCUGAAAGGCCUCCUCUUCCAUCCUGACUGGGUCAUCAAGGAGUCUGGCAUCCUGGUGUUGGGGGCCAUAGCUGAGGGCUGCAUGCAGGGUAUGGUGCCCUACCUGCCAGAGCUGAUCCCUCACCUCAUCCAGUGUCUGUGUGACAAAAAGGCCCUGGUGCGCUCCAUUGCUUGCUGGACCCUGAGUCGCUAUGCACAUUGGGUGGUCUCCCAGCCUCCCGACUCCUACCUCAAACCCCUUAUGACAGAGCUUCUGACGCGCAUCCUGGAUGGCAACAAGAAGGUACAGGAGGCCGCCUGCAGUGCAUUUGCGACCCUGGAGGAGGAGGCGUGCACAGAGCUGGUCCCCUACCUGAGCUUUAUCCUGGACACACUGGUGUUUGCCUUUGGGAAGUACCAGCACAAGAAUCUCCUCAUUCUCUACGAUGCCAUAGGAACUCUGGCAGACUCAGUGGGUCACCAUCUAAAUCAGCCUGAGUACAUUCAGAAGUUGAUGCCCCCCCUUAUUGCCAAGUGGAACGAGCUGAAGGACGAAGACAAGGAUCUCUUCCCACUACUCGAGUGUCUGUCGUCAGUAGCCACUGCCCUGCAGAGUGGGUUCCUGCCUUACUGUGAGCCUGUCUAUCAGCGCUGUGUCACACUAGUCCAGAAGACACUAGCUCAGGCUAUGAUGUACAACCAGCAUCCAGACCAGUACGAGGCUCCCGACAAGGAUUUUAUGAUAGUGGCCUUGGAUCUGCUGAGCGGCCUGGCUGAGGGUUUAGGGAGUCAUGUGGAACAGCUAGUGGCCCGCUCUAACAUCAUGACCCUGCUUUUCCAGUGCAUGCAGGAUACUAUGCCAGAGGUGAGGCAGAGCUCCUUUGCUUUGCUGGGAGAUCUAACCAAGGCAUGCUUCCUCCAUGUUAAGCCCUGCAUUGCUGAGUUCAUGCCCAUCCUGGGGCUCAAUCUGAACCCAGAGUUCAUCAGUGUGUGUAAUAAUGCCACAUGGGCAAUUGGAGAGAUCUCCAUGCAAAUGGGCACAAGUGUCAGCAGCAAAACAAGGGCUUGUCCUGGUGCAGAGAUGCAGCCUUAUGUGGGCAUGGUUCUGCCACACCUGGUGGAGAUCAUCAAUAGACCCAACACACCCAAGACUCUGCUGGAAAACACAGCCAUUACGAUCGGCAGGCUGGGUUACGUCUGUCCCCAGGAAGUGGCACCACAGCUGCAGCAAUUCAUUAGACCAUGGUGCACAUCAUUGAGGAACAUCAGAGAUAACGAGGAGAAGGACUCGGCCUUCCGGGGAAUCUGUGUGAUGAUUGGCGUUAAUCCAGCAGGAGUGGUGCAGGACUUCAUUUUCUUCUGUGAUGCUGUGGCCUCCUGGGUCAACCCCAAGGACGACUUGAGAGAUAUGUUUUAUAAGAUCUUGCAUGGCUUCAAGGACCAGGUCGGGGAAGAGAACUGGCAGCAGUUCUCUGAGCAGUUUCCUCCUCUGCUGAAGGAACGCCUGUCAGCCUGCUACGGCGUCUAACCCAGUCACUCCCUGGUCCACACAGGACACCAGCCUGUUAGGUUAAUGUAGGGGAGGGUUACUGGGGAACUCAUUGCACUGCCCAGAUAGUGGGGAGAAACAGGAACAGGAGGGAUGUGACUGGCCUUGAUCCUCUACUCAGCAGAUUGCCCCCUUUCCCCCCACGCCCUGUGUGUCUCUGUGAGGGAGGGUGGGAGGAGGGUGGUGGGUGUGGGAAGGUAAACUGGGGAUAUACAUAUACCUCUAGGAUUAAACGGCUCACUAAAUCCAACACACUCAAAAGUGACUUUCGCCAACAGCACCGCAGGGAUCCCAGGUGGGCGAGGACAAAAAUAGGGGCGGGCUCUGACCUCCCCUUCCUCGAUUGAAUUAUUCUGUUAAGUUAGUUGACGACUGGGAGGGGAGGGGGGUGUCAGGUAGGUACAUAAAAAGAAAUUAUCUGAACCAGCAUAGGGUGUCACAGUCCCAAAUAUCACAACGCACGUAGUCCGUAGAAUGACUCGCACAUGUAGAUGUGUUUUUAGUCAGGCUCGUGCCAGAGGCUAUACAAAAAACAAAAAACACGAGACGCUUUUACUAUGUAACUGCAGGAAAUGUGCACAAAAUUUUUGCACCUUUUAUGGCAAAAUUGCAAAAAAAAACAUUUUUUGUGCAUAUACAUGGGUCUUAUUCUCUUUUCACAUGUACAUUUAGCUGAAUUUAAUUUCCUUCCUCUUCCCGUGGUUGCUGAAUUCCUCUGAAUCAUUCAUUUCUUUUUUUUUCCCUCCUCAAUUGAGGCCAAAAAAAAGUAUGCAGUAGGUCUGUCCUCAAAGGUUUUACCACCGCAGUACCAAGUUAUUGCAUGGCAUAUGAUCACCUCUUAAGUGACGCAUGUUUGAGUGAAUGUCUGUCUUGUUGCUCACUUGAUUUAUUACAUGAAUUGUCAGUAUGGGGAGGCUGCCAUAAUAUGAAGCUGCCACUGCUCGGCUCUUUUGUCCUCCCAUUCAUACAUAUUGUCUAAUCAAUGUCCCUAUAGGUUAAUGGAGGCUGUGUGUGUGUGUGUGUGUGAAGACCAGCUAUAGGUAGAUUAAUACAGGAAUCGGCUCAUGUCUGAUUGUUUGGAGAAUCACUCGUUGCAACAAGAGUUCAAAUACUGUAGGCAAGUUGAGAAUCCUUUUUGCUGCUGCUGCUUCGUUUUUAGAGUAUUUACAAAACAGACUUAAUGAGAGCGAUAAGACAUCACCAAGAAUGAAUUGGUUCUUACUGAUGUAAAUGCACUUUUUUCUUUUUUAAGAAAUUUAGAAUUUCAAAUGUAAGACAUACAGUAAUAUACUGAUCUUGAGAUAUAGUUUUUUUGAUAAGUGAUUUUAGGACUGUUAAUGGCUUGCUAAAGUAAGCAUAAUGAUGAUAAUGUUAAGCAAUGGUAAAAUGACUAGAGUAAGACUUGAGGCCUCUUAACAUAGUUUUUUUUUUUAAUGUAGCUCCUUCUAAAAUGGAUUGGAUAGUAUUUAAGAGGAGGGAGACCUCUUAAUUACAGUAUUAUGGAUCCAUGUCCCAGUGCACCUGUCAAUCCAUAUCUCUGUAUAUUUUUUUUCUCAUCAAAGCUUUUUGUUAAAUGAUGGCUAUUUGAGCCAUCAAGGCUUCUCCUUGUCAUGAAUGUUGCAUGCUUUUCAAUGAGUCUUGCUCCUAUUUGUUUUGGUCAUUUUAUAACAGGUCGGUUUGGAGGGAUCCAAACCUUAUAAGAGCUUUGUCAAUGGCAAUGCAACUUGCUGCUGGAUUAAUAAGGUACUUCUCCAGCUUGUGAUCAAACUAGUGAUUGUUGUUGCCAUAUAUUCACCCGUUGAUACUGUGUUAGGAUAUGCCUGGGAAUACACUGACUCUGAGUCCUAAUAGUUCUCCCCUGACACUGGUUAGCUUAGGUGAGAGAGUGGUGGUCUCAAUCCAGCCUCAUCUUUUAGACAUUGUCAUAGUGGACGGUAGUAAUGGAAGUAUGGCUAUUUGCCUGUUGGUGUUUUAUGAUAAAGGUGUGUACGCGAGUACUGCUUAGAUGUAACGUUGCAUCAGCCCUACAGUAAAGUUAUGUCUGGGGCGUAGUUUGAGUCAUGCCUGAGUUGAUGUGGCCACUGGGAGUAUCAACAUUUGCCUGCCAGUUAACAUCAGUUUGAUCAUCAGGAUGCUCAAAUCUUCCAUGAUGAAGACUGUCACUAAUAGAGAAAUACCAAAAUCUGUUCCUUCCUUGUUAUAACAUUUCCCAGAAUAUCAGCUCACAUCAAUAGAUUAUGUAUUUUAUAGAAUAAUAAUUGAUGUGUUUUUUUUUCCUCAACCAAUGUGAUAUGGAGUUUUUUUAUUUUGUAGCACAAGUGUUACUGAUGUGUGCAAACAUUGAGGUAUAAAGUGGCCACUCAUUGAUCACGGGCUGAACACAUGUUCAUAGAGCAUUAACUCAAGAAGCAUUCAUUAGUGUUUCAGAAGGAUGAAACUCCUGUGCCACAAAAAUGGGUAAAAAGUUGAGGCUUUACCACUCCUUGCUAUGUUGUGAUGCACUAAGCUAUAUACAGAAGUAAAUUUAAAUGCAAGUUGUCCACAGGUUGUUUUUUUUCUUUUCUUUUCUUUUUUUUACAUUUGUUUUGAUGCUCAUGUGAGUUUUUAUUUUAUUUAUUUUGUUUUUGAUUAGUUUUGUUUUUUGUGCUGCAGUGCACAAAUUGUUUUGGACUUUAAAAGUUUUUUUUUUUCCUUUUUUUAUUCUUUUUAUUUAAAGAAUAAUUUGUUUUCGUUGUUUUAUAGCGGACCAUUUGAUUAUGUCAAAUUUGAUGUUGUGGCUGGACUGGAGGAGAGUCAGUGCUUGGUGCAUACCUUUGGAAAGAAUGUGGAAAACUAAUUCAUACCUUUGUUUCAAUCUGAUAUCAAGGCUGGCAAUUGAAUUUGAUGUAGUACCUUUUUCUCAACUGUGGUGCAGGUGGGAUGUUAUCUGAUGUAUCCCUUUUUAUUUAAUUUUUGUGAAUGGGGAAAAUAAAUUUUUUUUCUAUUAA